GUGCCCUUGGCUGGCCACCGCACACUAUCAUCAAGCAAGUCAAUUAUUGGUAUGUUUUGUGUGUGAGCUCUAGGCCGGAAUGUUGCCUGCCCCAGUCGGGCCUGAACUAACACCAAGCCACUCGUGGACGCUCUGCUGGCCUGGGUCCUGAGGAACAUGUGACCUCAGACCUGAACGACUCAACAUUUCGCAAUUAAGAAAACAGCAGCAAGCUGGUACAUGAGGAGACAACCUAGCAUGUGUUAAGCGCAGGUCUUCCAGAGAAAACUUUAUUUAGAGUAAAUGCAUUAACGCAUAGAUGAAGUUUUGUUAAGUUUGAUACAGUCGAAUACAAGCGGUCAGUCGGGAUAUUCCUUACAGUUGUCAGCAAACCGUGUGUACUCUAAACUAGUUAUCUGAGUGGAAUCAAGCCAAAACUUAAAAUCUUUAUAUCUUUAAAUAUAUGCAGAAGACUCUUAAUUAAUGUAGUCGCCGUUUAAUCAACAAGCGCGCACAGUUUCAGAAAGAACGUGUUCGUUGAUCUUGGUCUUGAUCUUGUGGAUAUUUUUAUCAGUUUCUUUCGAUCUGCCACGUUUAGAAAUAUUUUUGUUGGUGAAGGAAUAAACUCAAUUUUCUUCAUUUCGAAAUAGCUUUGGAGUUUUAAUUGACAUUUUUGAACUUGUGUUCGUCUUGGAUAAAGGAUUUGUUUUAUUUUCAGAAAACACCAUGGCCCAGACGUCUAGGUGACGUCUUUGGUGACGCGUCAAACUGAUCACGGGAUUCUCGAAUCCUCAAGCUGUCUUGUAUUUGUACAACAUGAGACCCGCUGUUCACGCCAACAUUUUAAGAAACCGGAGCAACAGGCGGCGAAUGAGGAUGAGAAAGCAUGUCUUCUCGGCGAAACGCCUGCUUCUGAUGGUCUUUCUCGGCAUUGUUCUAUUCAUCCCUGGACUAGCACUGACCAUUGUGGGUCUGGACAACAGAGACAGCGAUUACAGCAAUAUGGGAGAGGCUCCAAGAAUAAUGUAUCAAGCCAUUGGCCCAGUCAUGUGCUGUGUUGGGGCCGCAGUGAUGUUUGCAUCUUGUAUUUACUUCUAUUGUUAUGGGACAGGUCCACAGCCAACACCAGCAGCAAACAGUCAGACUCAAGGAUUGUCAGAAUCAGAGCAGGACGACAAAGGCAGCAUUCGCAGCAAGCAAAGGGAACCAGGUCAGCGUCUCCAUCAUUCCAUUAACGGCCGGACUGUAGAGGUCCGAACCCCUGAUAGUGAAAGCAGAAAAAGCUUGAGGGGAGGGGAGGAAGGGCGUGGUUCAAUUACUAAAGCACCACAUAGGACCUCUGUGGCCACUGAAGAAGAAGUGCCUCUAGCUAAGAUGGAAGAUAGCUCUGAUAUAGUUGCUAAAGGGCAGUAACACAUAUAAAGAACAAAAAAGAUUUAAAUAAAAAACUGCAUUGAUAUUUGAUCAACUCUAAAAACUGUGAGACUGAAGUGCUUUUUUAUUUUAGUCAAAGCUAAAAUACCCCCUUACAGACUCAUAUCUUCUUCCAUGACUGAAUUCAACAUUUUUAUAUGUAUACUAUUUUCACAAUUUAUGUAUUUUAGUUAUACAGAACACUGUUUUGUUUCUUAUUACCUUUCAUUUUGGUGAAUGUGUGUUACAUUUAAAUUAUUUUACAUUUUCCUUCUUAUCAAAAUUGGGUCAGUAUGUUAAAAAUUUUUUUACAAGUAAAGAUAAUUUACAUUUAAACUAAAAAAUAAUGUCCAUUAUUUAAUUAACAAAAUACACAAAAGAACAAAAACAACAAAAAUAAGUUUUAAAUUUACAUUACAGAUUUAAAAAAUAUAAAAAACAUGAAAAAUGAACAACAUUUGAAAUUGGAAAUGUUUACACUAUCUCAAAAUUGCAAUUUUGAGGAAACCAAAUAAGUCAAAGCUCAAAAUCUUUCAUGAAUAAUGUGAACAAGCAUUUUAGAUUUUUAUUGAUAGAAAUAAUCUUUUGAAAUUAGUUAUGGGAUCCAGAAGUUGACAAAUUCAACAAGGAUUUUAAGAGUAGAUGUUCUUUUGAUGCUAAAUACAAAUAUAUAUAAUUUUUCUUUUUUUUUUCACCACAAAGCACAAUGUCAUUGGUUGUGAUUUAUAAUCAUGAUUUGAAAAUCUACUUUAUAAAUAUUCUUUGUUUGUUUGUUUGUUUGUUUUGAAGCUAUAUUUAUGAAAAGGAAUCAAAUUUGAAAAAUAAGUUUUGUUUAAAUUAGGCAUAGAUCUAGAUAUGCAUUCGUGUAAAGGCCAGUAUUAAAUGAAACAUUAUCUAAGGCAAUACAAAUAUACAAUUACAAUACAAAUAUUAUUAGCUUUCAACUCUUUGAGGUAUGUCUUAUUUUUAAUUUAAAAUGUCAGCAACAUUGCACUUGGUUUUAAAUAAGGAGAAUCAUAUUUUAGAAAGUUGUGUAAUACAAUUGACUCAGUUUAAUAUGCAAAAAAUGAUAUUUAGUAUGGUGAGCCAAAAUGGUGCAUUUAUUUACUUCCAAUUUUCAAAUAAAAAUUAUAUAAAUAAAAAUAUUUUCAUAAUAAUUCUUUUGGCAACAUUCAAUAUUCUGCAGACAUUUUUUUUUCUCUAGUCCAUAUUACUAAAGCAAUGGUUCAGUGGGUUAAUUGUUGAAAAAAGCUGUGCAGACUUUUUCUGAUAUACUGUAUGGAAGGUUAUUGACAGAAUAAGGUUAUAAAGAGGGAAGAACAUUUGGGGGAUCCAUAUUGAUACUAUAUUUCUUUCUCAUGUUUUUCCCUUUCCUAUUCUAAGAUAUUUGACUUUUUAAAAAAAUUGUGUAUUUUGUAGGAUAUGCAAUAGAACAAAACUGAUAAAGGUUAGAUGGAGCCACAAAACACAUUACAUAGCACUGGAGGUUAGAGUUUUAGGCUUGGGUGGGGGUGAAUUCAGUUUUUAUUCUUAUCCUAGUCAACAUUUAUUAUACUAUCUUUGAAUAAAAGAACAACCUUUUUUUUUAUAUGCUAAACAUAUUCAAACAAUUAUUCCUUUAGUUAGAUAGAUAAUGGAAUGUUAGCUUCAAUUUGUGUCCCAAAUAAACUGCUUAGAAAUGAAAUGUCUUUCUGUAACUUGAUUUAACUGCUUUAUUUUUAUUUGAAAAUUUUUUUUUUUUCUGUAAUAGAUUUGUAUUGUUUAUGAAUGUUUUUUCACUACAUGGUUAGCACUUUAUAAAAGAAGAAAAUGUGUACUGCUAAAUAUUUGCACUUUUUAAUUUGGUUGUAUAUAUAUAUAUAUAUUACAUGAAUAAUCAGUAAAAUUGACUUUUUUAAUGUAAAUAAUUUGUUCCCAAUUACAUUCCUGAAUUUUACGUUUUUAUUUGUUUCUUUAAAUGAAUUCACUUGGCAUGUCAGUCUCAACUAGUCCACAUACCAGACAAUGCUUGACACUUUAUUUUUUAUUUUGAUGUAUUCAUUUUCAUCAAAUUUUCAUUGAAGUAAGCAAUUUUGUCAUAGUAUAAAACAUCAAAUAAAAUUCUUGAAUAUCUUGACUCAUAAUUAGCUGAUUAUGCUAAAACAGAAAGAUUUUAAUCCUCUCAAAGCAGUAUUCCAACACUUGCCUGAUGUGAUGCUUGCCUACAUAUUAUUGGUAUGGCAGAGUUACUGAGUAAGAACAAAAUUUGUUUGCAUUUUAAGAAAUAAGGAAUCUAUAUUUUGAAAGAACAUUUUAAUCAUUUUAACCUUAAAGUACCAAUUUUGUUUAUGACAAAAUUUAAUACUUUAUUGUAGAAUUUAAAAUGUUUUUUUCUUGUGUUUUGGACAAUUUUUUUAAAUUUUUGAUGAACAUUUAAUUCUCUUUUUCUAAAACUGCAUUUGUAAAACAAUAUUUUUUUUUCAAAUAAACAUAUUUAUAUUGCAGAUUCUUGGUUUUGUUGAGUUAUCAUUGCAAUGAGCACUUUUUUAAAAAUCAAUCUUCCAAUAAGUUUUUAUUUAUUUAUUUAUUUUGUACUUUUUGCUAUCUUGAACCAAAUAACUAUGUGAGUGAUAUUUUUGAGUGAUAAAUCUAAAUGCCCAUGAGACAUUGUGUUAACUCCCUAUACUCAAUAUUAUAUAUCUCUAUUUAUAUACAUGAAUUUAUUCUGUAAAUAAUAUCUAUGUAUAUAUUUAAGUAAAUUAUAUAAAGCACUUUAUUCUGCUGAGGUCAUUUUCAAUUUUCCUUUUUGCUGCUCUUUAAUUACAAUGUCUUAUUCAGAAAAGAAAUCUUUGAAUAAUUAGAAGAAAACUAAGUCCUGUUUAUUUUAAGAUUUCAUGCUAUUUUUUUAAUUUAAUAAUUUGCUUUAUUAUUCUCUUUGUUAUAUAUAUGUACCAAAUAUUCUUGAGUAAAUCUUUUCUUUGUGAUGUUUAAUAAUAAUUUUUUUUUGGUGAAUCAAUCAUUAAUUGGUCUACAACAGCGAUGCCCAACCUUGAUCGUCUUGCGGGCCAUUUUAUUUCCAACACUCGAGUCACGGGCCACAUCAACAAAAAGAGAAAAAAACUAAAUAUAAUUAACCUGAAACUAUUUGAUUAAAAACCCGCGGAUCUAGUACUCGUAGUUUAACAAUCUUUUAUUCGCGGUACCAACCCAUUACAGAAAAAAUGAGUAUACUAACGUAGGUAAAGAUACAUCUUUCAACCUUUUUUUUUUUGGAUAGGGUUUUCUACACUUAGUGCCGACGUUUUGGCGGGCCGGAUGGAACCAUUUUGCGGGCCGCAUUUUGGGCAUCACUGGUCUACAAUAAAUAUAUAGAGAUAUCUUAAAGGAUAUUUUCAAAACAGAUGAAAAGGUAUUUUUUUUAUGUAAAAAAGCUUUAUUAUUUAAUUUACUACAUUUUAUUUCAGAAACAUGAAAACACAGAAAGUCUUAAUUUCAUCAGCAAGAGUAAUGAGCAACAUCAGAGUUUGAUUGGUAGAAACUUAGCGGGAAGUUCCAACACUGCAUAAACAUUUUUUUUAUGACUAACCAUAAUAAAAAUGCUAUUCUCAUUAAAAAAAUUAAAUUUAAAAAAAGUAUUUUGUUCUACCUUCAAUUAGUUUAUUGCAUUUGAUUAAGUUUGGUACACAUAUGCUUAUGAAAUCUGUAAUUUACUUUAACUGAUAAUUUACUUUUAAUAUGACCACAAUGGUUGCCAAUGCAUCUAUGCCAAGGUUGUGUGAAACUCAAUGAAACAAAUGGCUUGUUUUUAAAUAUUUGCUCAUUUUGUUUUCAAAAAAAAAAAAAUUACAAUCAUUCUUGGACAAAUAUUUAUUAAGACCACAAUGGCGAUUUGACAAUUAAUAGAAGUAUACAAUUAAAAUUAAUGAAUAGUUUUCCAUGAAAGAAUUAGCUUUUGCCACUCUUUUUAUAUUUUUUUUUAUUUAAAAAAAAAAAAAAAAGAAAAUGUAGUAUUUGUUCAGAAAUGUUUUUAAAAAAUACAUCUCUGUUAUUGCAAAAAUAGAAUGUAUAAUCGUUUAUUAAAUAAAGAAAAUUUAAUUUUUUAAUUAUCUGUAUUUAUUCUUGUUUUUUGUAUGCUUUUAUUAACGCCUUCUUAAGAAUGAAUAAACUAACCAAGGUAUUUUCAACGUUUUCAAUUUUUAAAGUAAAAUAAUUAUAUGCAUUCAAACAAUUUUAUAUUUCAUAACUUUAUGUCUAAUAAAACGAGAAAUAGCAUUUCAGUUUUCAAGGGGAAAUAAUUUGUGAAUUUUGGGUCAGAUUUUGGUAUGGCAUUAUUAUUAAUUAUUUUUAAAGUGAAAAUUUUGAAACUUGAAUUAAACUUUUGAUAUUUACAUUUUUACAAAUCAAAUUUACUAAUAAUAUUUUUAAACUAGUUACCAAAAUUUAUCUCAUCUGAAUAAGCUAGUUAUUUUGCUAUACCUAUAGUUUUAGUGUAUUUAUUAUUUGCAACAAUAUGCCCACUAAGCAAUAGGUUCUACAUAUUAAAGAGAAACUUUGAUUACCUUUGCACAAUUAAUUUAUAAUGUUUUAUGUCAAUAGUACAAAUUCUAAAUCUUACUAAAAAAUCAUCUAUAUUGAUGAUAGACUAUGCUAACUUGACCUUUUAUUUUUAGCUUUUGUAAAAAAAAAAAUGCUAAGUUUAAUUGAAUGAAAGCUACAAAAAAAAAUCCUUGUUAUAAUUGUUCAUUAUGUGAAACCAAUUUAUUGUAAUUUGUUUGUAAUGGCCAUAUUUUGCUGGGUGCGUCUGAAAGGUCUUGUUGUCAUAACACUUUUUCGAAAUGGGUUGCCAAAGCUGGCUUUGGCACAGGGUUUUUAUUACUAUCAUCUCAUUUAAAUAUGGACCAUGUGCUUAUAUUAAUGGGUAUUAAUUGCGUACAAUUAUAUAUAUUUGGUUGAUUGUUUUUUUCUAUUAUCCACUUUAAAUGUGAUCUUGUGUCUAAUGAUAUUCUGCUUAUAAGAUGCAUUUUUUCUGUUUUAUUUCUUUUUUUUUUCUGUGAGUGAUGGUAAAGAUAAUAAAAAUGUUCGCACCUCUUAUUGUUUAUAUGAGAACUAAUGCCAUUUUAUUGAUUAUUUUGUAUUUUUCACAAUUUUCAAUAAUCACUUACCAUUGAUGUCAGGAUGUUAUUUUAAUACAUCUGUAACAAAAAG